AAACGCUAUUACUAUUUUAUUGUAUGACUCACGGAUUGCUGUUACUGUUGUUACUCAAUUUGAGGUUGUUUGUUGGUUUUAAAUUCGUGAAGCUCGGACUGGAUGCAAUGAUCACGCUUUAGACGCGACAGUUUGCAGGUGAAGGCUAAGACAUAAACAGUAUGAUUCCCAGACCUGUCACCAGCUUCUGCUGUAACUGCAAAGUCUGGCUGCAUUUAAGUGUUCAGCGGAUGGGUGCAAGACGACACUGUGCAUCAUGCUGAGAGAAAAUACAGAACCAUGAACCGAUACGCUGCCCUUCGGCAGCUUGGUGACGGGACCUAUGGCUCUGUCACUCUUAGCCGCUGCCUGGAGUCUGGGGAGUUUGUUGCCAUCAAGAAAAUGAAGAGGAAAUUCUAUUCCUGGGAGGAGUGCAUAAAUCUUAGAGAGGUCAAGUCCCUGAAGAAACUCAACCAUGCCAACGUGAUCAAGUUAAAGGAGGUCAUCCGGGAAGACGACCAGCUCUACUUUGUGUUUGAGUACAUGAAGGAAAACCUCUACCAGCUAAUGAAAGAAAGAACGCGUCUGUUUCCUGAGUCUGCAGUCAGAAAUAUCAUGUUUCAGAUUCUACAGGGACUUGCUUUCAUUCACAAACAUGGUUUUUUCCAUAGAGAUUUGAAGCCAGAGAAUCUUUUGUGCAUGGGGCCAGAGCUUGUGAAAAUUGCUGACUUUGGACUAGCUCGAGAGAUCCGAUCUCGUCCUCCUUAUACUGAAUACGUGUCAACCAGAUGGUACAGAGCUCCAGAGGUUCUCCUCAAGUCCAUCAACUACAGCUCUCCUAUAGACCAGUGGGCUGUUGGCUGCGUUAUGGCUGAGCUCUACACGCUCAGACCCCUCUUUCCUGGCUCCAGUGAGGUGGACACCAUCUUUAAGAUCUGCCAAGUUUUGGGAACGCCAAAAAAAAAUGACUGGCCUGAAGGAUGUCAGCUAGCUGCUUCCAUGCAUUUCCGCUGGCCACAGUGUGUGCCCACCAGCCUGGCCAGUCUGAUCCCCAAUGCCAGUUCUGAAGCCAUACAGCUAAUGAAAGACAUGUUGCAGUGGGACCAUAAAAAAAGACCAGCAGCCAGCCAGGCUUUGCGCUACCCCUAUUUCCAUGUGGGUCAGGUGUUCGGUGCAUCGCAACAGAUUCAGGACAAGGGACAAACACAUCCUGCCCAGCUCAGACCUGCACCUCCUUCACAGACCCCAUCCCUCACCUUCCCAGAGCCCAUCCUUCAACCACAUCCACCCAUUCAGGAGCUGCCUAAAAGAACAGCAAGGGCAGCGGCAGAGACAGACCGAGCUCCUCAGAGUCGCUUUCCUCAGAUACAUGACAAAGGAUUGCAGAGCAAGCACUCAAAUCCAGAAGCUGAAAAUGCACAUUCACUAAAGCCUAAGGGAGGCCGUCGGAGAUGGGGCCACGUGCCUGGGGUAUCGAAGGGGGACGAGUGGGAUGAUUAUGAGGCCUCGGACACUGCAACCACCACCCUGACAACCAAACCCAGUCACAUUACCAAGGAGAGACGGAGUCAUGGAGAAAACAGUCUAAACAGGUCAGGAAACGUCUUGGAUUUCAGCCUCUCCAAUGUCAGGAGCGAUGGAGUCAGAAAUAUGAAUAAAGUCAGUCCCUUUCAAGAACCUUCGAGAACAGCCUCCGCCAAACAGCAUUACUUGAAGCAAUCAAGAUAUUUACCAGGGUUAAACCCAAAGAAGAACGUCGUAGCUAAUGCCACAAAGGACUUCAGUGGAAACUUGUGGGGGAGCAGCAACGUACCUGUCGGAGGGACACUUCCUUCACGGGGCAGCCAUGGUGCACGUGUUGGUGGAUAUGUGCCAUCAGUUUAUAAUAAAGACAGUGGUUUAGGUUCAGCUGGCCAAAGAGUGCACCUUGCACCAAUCGAUUCUACACUGUCAAAUUAUGCAACAUGGAAAUCCGGCAGGUCAAGUAGUCACAUGGGCAUGUCAUCCUAUGUGCCUUCUCCAACCAAUAGCACACCGGGCUUUCGGCCUCAACCUCCACCUCCACCACAGCCGGUGCAUCGACGCACGGACUGGUCAGCCAAGUACGGCCAUCGCUGAGACGUUUGCAACAAAGACACUGAGUUAAAGUCCUCUACUUUUAUUGUAUCUGCUUAACUACUAAAUAUUUCUAUACUGGAUUUCUUACACAGCAAUAAUCUGCUACAUUCCUCUGUCUGGAUGGUCAGUGUUCAAUUUUAUGAAAUAAUUCUGCAAAAUAUGCACAAGAAAUCUUAAGGGUUGUCUUUGUGUACCUGCUGCAAGAUUUUGUCCUGCAAAUCUUUGAAGAGUAUGCAUUAAUUUCUGACAUUUCACUUAAGUUUGCGGUGUUUUGUAUUUGUUUCUUGUUUGUGCAUGUACGCUGUUGACACCUGACCAUGAGCUUUAACAUCCUAUUAAUAUAGUCACCCCCUUCAUUCCAAAACAGCAAUUAUGAGGUCAGGUAUCGAUCUUGGAUUGCAAUCAAUGUCCAAAUUCAUCUCAAAGGUGUUAAGCUCUGAGCAGGCCACACCAAAUUCACUCAACCAUGUCUUUAUGGACCUUGCUUGGUCAUUUUAAACCAGAGUGGCUAAGUGGUCUUCCCCAAACUGUUGCCGCAAAAACGUAAUGUUAUUUCUACUCACGCUGACCAUGAAGAGCUGCAAAGUAUCACGUGACCCUUUCCGACACUUGAGCAGUUGCUGGCUGAUUCUUUUUGCCUGCCAGCGGUGGACAUCCCCCAGAGAGAAGCAUAGCAUAACUCUCCCUAUGUGGGUAUGAGAAUCAUCUCCUACUUGUGCAGGCACCUUGAGCAGACAGGAGAGGUUGCAUUUGCUCUGGAAACAAGUACCAUCCCACCUUUCUUAGACACGACCAACUGCAACUCCCUUUGUCGUCUGCACCACUACUACGCUGACCAUAAAGAGCCACACGUAAGAACAAUAAAGAGUAUCACGUGGCUGGCUGAUUCUUUUCGCCUGCCAGCGGUGGACAUCCCCCAGAGAGAAGCAUGGCGUAACUCUCUGUAUGGGGGUAUUUCAAUCAUCUACCACUUGUGCAGGCACCUUGAGCAGACAGGAGAGGUUGCAUUUGCUUUGGUAAUAAGCUCCAUCCCACCUUCCUUGGACACGUCCAGGUCAAUAACAUUACUGAGAUUAGAACUUGGUUUGUGUGCUAGAGUUACAUACUGUUACAUACAGACCGUUACGCCACCCAAGUGCCCCAAAACUAUAUAUUUUUUUUGUGUAGUAGGGGUGUCCAUGUGUUUUUUGGCCCUAUAGUGUAUAUUUUUGCCAAUUCUUUUCAAUCUGUUUGUUUUAAAAUGCUUUUUUACAACUUUAAAGUGUUCUGUACUGUUAAAGAUCCUAAAAAUGUUCUGUAUAUUAUGCAGUGUUAAUUAUUACUGAAAUGUUUGUUCUCAUUUGUCUGUUGGUUGUUGACAUGCUUGUGUUACUACUUCAACCCUAUUCUGAGGUGUAAUACUUUGCACAAUAAAAUGGUUGUUUUUAAAAA